AUGGCGCCUCACAAGAAGGUCCCCACAGCUCCCGUUCCUGCAGUCACCACUCGCAAGAGAACGGCAGCCCAGAUGUUGGGCUCCCCUAGGUCCAAGGCACUAGUUACGCCCACUCCAUCUAGGUCGGUGUCAUCCCAACGCCCAUGCGCCAUCCGACCCUACCGUUCGCCUACUGUCGAGGAUGGGCCAGAGGAAGUGGACGACCCUAGAUCUUCCACCAACAUUCCCAAGGAGAUGCGCACCGUGCUUGGGUGGAAGGUCGCCGCCCGCUGCGUGGUUCCCGAGUCUGCAGGGCGCCUUCGCGCUGGCCCUCGCCCUUGCUGCGUGAAGUGCGCCCGCACCUAUUUCAACUUCCCUGGACAAUUGUGUUGGAUCCCAGGAGAUUUGGGGAAGUGCGGCGAUUGCCUUCAGGGCAACCACCAAUGCGUCCCACUUGCCGCUGAUGCUUUCUUGGAUAGCCAGGCUGAUGACGACGAUGCUGGGUUUGAGGCCAACUCCAGCACUACCAUCCAGGCCCUUGCUGCCCUCCGCGAGGCCCAGCGCAUCUGCUCUAACGGUACGGGAGUCGUCGCGCCAGGACCCUCUGCGGUUGUUGUGCGCAAGGUGGACAACCCCCAGCAGGCGCUUCUCCACCAAGCUGAGACUCUCGUCGAGCUGGGCAAGGCGAAGACUGAGGGCCUCAAGGCUGCCACACAGGUGUUCCACGCCUCCGUCGACGCGGUCCUCGAUGCCUACCAGUCCGGGCUCGAGGCCUACGCCAACUCUAUGAAGCAGCUGGAGCCCAACGCGGAGUGA